CAGUAUGGACGCCCGUCGAGACGCCCUGUCAGCGUUACUUGGACAGGGCAAGGGGUCACUGUCCUCGCUGUCUGUCCGCAAGACUAGCCCGUCAGCGGGGCAGAAGAGUACUGUGGGCGAGGAAGGUACAUCGAAAGUAGAACAUCCUGCCGUAAAAGGCCAAGACACAUUGGACCGGAUGACAAACCAGCUUGUAACUGGCCAGCGGAUUACUGACGUGGACUACGCAGCCCCUGCAGCAGCAAGCAUGGCCGAACGGAAAGACGCAUUGUCGGCGUUACUUGGGAAGGGCAAGGGAUCACUGUCAUCUUUCUCUGCGCACGACCAUGUUGCCGCAAAAGGACAACAGCCUGCAGUGAAGGGGCAAGACACACUGGAGCGGAUGACGAAUCAGACCGUACCACAGACGACUACGGUCCAUCGUUUUUCGGACGAAGAUGAGAGGUUUGCUUCUCGCUCCCUGUCGGAGCGGACGACUGCGCUGGCUGCGAUGUUUGGGCCCACGGGGGCCAUGUCACCCAGGGCGGCUUCUAUUGCAAAAGCGCCGCCGUCGCCCGGGAGAGCACCUAGUAAGGGCACGAAACCUGAAGCGCCACCAAUUCCGCAAAAAGGCGGUAGCGCAGGAGGUCUGGUGGCAAGUGAAGAUGACGAUUCUGUGGAUCCGGAACACCAUGCUGCGAAUUUACAUCGCUACCUGAAGGGGAGUUCUGCGUCUGCGUCCAGCCCACAAGACGAAGCUUCUUCCGCGACAGGAAAUUCGUCUACCACGAAGGGCCAAAAGAGCGCACCUCCUGUGCCGAAGAAAGGAAUCGGUUCGGGGACGUUUUUGUACUUCCCCGAGCCUGUUAUAGCAGAGGAAAGCGUAGAUCUGGACGAAGUGGAGUCGGUCGCCAGUAUGUUCCGAGUCGAACCGUCAAAAAUUUACUCCCAGAUGCUCACACUUACGCUGCGCGAUUCACAGGUUUUUUAUCACUCAUUUUCGUUUUCCAACAGAACUUCCAAUACCCGGCAUUUUGAAUUCUCAGAUUCAAAGCGCAAAUGCAAAGUCAGAAAGGCCGACCCGUAUAAUUUUAAAGUUCACAUCAUUCUUGCAGGUGCUAGCUUCCACAACGUCCGACGUCAACAGCGCCACACUAGCGAAAAAGUUUCAGUCCAUCGGGAUCUCUUCCAAGUACGUGGCUCCGCUCUGGCUUCCCGGCAUCGUGCCUGACGCGUGCGUGACGUUCCGCACUGACGUGGUGUGGGCCGUGGCGUGGAGAGACAAGUUGAGCGAGUUGAUUACCAGGGGAGCAUCUUCACCAUCGACACCUACGAUGCUGCAAGUAGUGGAAAAUCAUUUUUACCCGGAGCGCGACAGCGCAACAACUGCAUCAACUCGCGACGAGGAGCGUUGGGACGCAGAUAUUCUCCUAUCGGUCUUGACACCGCAUGAAAUAAACGCAUCAAGUUCAGCGGGAGACCGGAAUCUUCCUUCUACUUCCGCGAAAAAGCCAUUAGCGGCCGGGAUACCAGAGCGGCUGAGCAACAUGAUGAAACUAGUGCGGUGUCCACGAGCGUACUUGCGACCAGUGGUAUUUGACACCGCUCGUCCUAGCAUACGCGCUGCACCGUACACGCGUGUUGUGUUUCAUGUCUCUGUGACACACGAUCCCCUCCUCUGGCCGCAGCUGCGCAAGCAGUGCGUCCUUGCUUCUGUGGACGACGUAGCGGAGCAUGGCGCGGUGGUUGGAGAGUCAGCGCUUUUUUCAGAGAUUCAUCCUGAAUUUGCUGCAUUGAGUUUGUUCGAAACAAGUUCAAGUAGACACUCAAGACCUGCUGCGAACAAAACUUGUGCAAAUGACCAAUCGCUGUUCCCGUUCCCGAUCGCAAAUCUGCGUCAGGCUCACGACCAAGAGAGCUGGGCCUACAGCGGGAAAGUGAAGCAUGAUCCGGGGGAAGAAAAUAGAGGCCAUUUUUCCCCCAAGCCCUACCGGACGCUCGCGGAAUAUGUGUCGCACAACCCGGACCUGCUCUCGAACGCCGAACUUAAGGGUGGAAUACAUGUCUGUUUGCGGGAUUUGCUGUUACCAACACGACUGACUAGUUUACAACAGUGGGUGCAUCGAGGCGCCCAUUUGUACGUCUGCGAUUUGCUCUCUCGCGAGCGCGCUCGCGUGCGAGUCCACAUACCGCACAACCAGAAAAAGAAAGCGGUGAAAAAGAGUGUUGUAUUCGGAGAAAUACUGCAGAGUAGCAAGGAUCCUGCCGAUGCGGAUGCCGAAGAGAAUGUCGUGCGUGAACGCGGCAGCAGCAAACAUUCGCUCCUAAACGACGAGCAGCUGUCGCAGCACGAGCGAUCAACAGGCAGAUAUUCCAGUACGGACGAUUUCAGCUCUGCCCGCGAAGAUAACGACGUGGAAGAAGGAAGAGAAACUCACAGAAAAAGAACACACAGCAGCAGCAGUCACCACGGAAGUAGAAGAUCAAGCAAAAGUGGAAAGCGCCAUCACCUGUACUUUGAGGUUCCGACGGCGCUUCUGGCUCCCUUUCAAACAACGACAAUCAUUCAAAAGAACGACGUCGUCAGGAUCCGCGAGGUCCAUGCAGAUGCGCGGUACCACGAGGACCUGUUGACGUUGCGUCGAGCUGCGGCCUGUGGGGCGGAGCUCACGAUUGCAGACAUGAGCGAUCGCGCUGCGCACAUCGUCACGGUGCGAGCGAGAAGCGAAUUUGAUCCGCCGUUCACCGUGCCGAGGAUACCGACGCACUUGCUAGAGAGGGCGGAGAAAGUAGAGGCGGCUCCCGCAAAAGAAUCUCCUGGUGUCGUAGUAACACAAGGUAUGAAGAACAAGAAAAGUACCGCGCCCACCUCCACUGAAACUGCGCAUCUUCGUCUUCAGAGCCAGGACGCGGCAAGUGAAGCCCGUGCUGGGCCUACUUCUGCGCUUGCGAAACGCGCGUCAGCUUUCUCGGCGAGCAUCUCUCGCGAAAACCGGACACGUGCGAUGGAAGCACACUCUAACGCAUCGAGCUCUAGCAAAGCGUCGACUCCGGGCGAAGAGCACCUUCAGGCGUCUCUCCAUAUUUUGAAGACGGAAGUGCAGGACUUACGGGAGGUCUUGGCCACUUCCUUAGACGAGUUGGGGGAAGAAGCGAUGGCGCAGCUCGAGUGGCAGAUAUCGACGAACCCCGAGGCGCUUGCUGCGUUUGAGCGCGAACGGGAGAACGUGAAAAAAGCGCAUCAGGAAGGGGGUCCGAGCGCGCAGAAGGCUUCCGCUCGCCGUCUGGUCGACACGUUGCUUAACACAAAUACCGCAAGAGAAGGAGGGAUUACAGGCUCACUACAGCUGGAGAAAAGAGCGAACACGACCGCUGCGUCCGGCGGCCACAUAAGUGUACAAAUCGACACCGCGCGCUCCUGGCAAUCUGAAGGCUCCGAGAACCAGCACCUAGAGCUGCUGCCGAAGAGUGCUGGCGUGAACCUUGGCAGUAGAAGUUUUGCUGCGCCCACCGGAAGAGAUCUCGGUAGUGAGUUACCAUCCGCGUCUCCGUCUCCUAUGGAAUUGCUUUCCUCCGCUGGCAAUAUCAAGGCAAGACGCGAAGGUAGUGGUGUGAACCUGCCAGGAGAUCACGCGGGUCGGAACGUCCGGAAUUCUCGGCAGGAUGUGCUAGACGCUAGGAAGGCGCAAAGAAAGCUGAAAGAGCUCCAGGCCCAGACCUACGGCUUGCGCGAUGCUCUGUCAGGCUGAGCUCUGUGCUGGCUUUUUUGUUGAACACACAGACUCUGGCUCUCCGAUACCGAUUUCACUGCAAAUGUUUCCAAAAGAAAAACAUAGAUGAGCAAAGGUGUUUUCUCAAUCAAAAUGAAACUAAGUAUUGCAAAGGUCAUGGAUGAUGUUGGAUGUUGUAUUCGUUUCCAAACACAACUGACUCGCACUUGAAAGAUCUGGUUUUUGUGAACAAAAGGAACAGCGAACAUCAAGAUACGA